AUGGCUGCCUCAUCAUGCGAGGAGCGGCCUGUCCAGUCUGGAAAAGGUAGGACCAAGCAGCCACGGCAGACUAAGGCGAUGAAAAAAGGACUGUUGCUUGACAGCGUGGGUCCAUCACUGUUACGUGAGCUAGACUCAUAUCCUAGCCGGCAUUUCUGCCUCGAUAAUUGCGAAUUACUCCCUCCAACCGACAAGUUCUUAUCCCCUCCACCUCAACACCCUCCGAGACUUAGUCGCAGCACCAGUAGUGACAACGGCAGCAGCGAUAGCAGUCGUACUCUCGUCGAUCACAGUUCAGGAUCAGAUACACCAUCCGACCAUAUCCUGGGCAAACCACGCUACCCGACAUUGCGCGAGCGACGAAGUUUGCCGUUCCUCAGGCGCAGACCACGAUCCAGUACGAAAGCCCCCAAGCAUGACCACGACCACGACUUCAGUACACGACGAGUUGUAGAAGCCCUGGCCCUGCGAUAUGGAACUGUUUCACACAUGGGUAUGCUCGACCGCAGCUACCGAUUCUUUGUCAACAAAUCCCACACCGCCGCUCUCUGCUAUAAAAUCCUCAAUCACGUCGCCAUUGUUAGCGGCGACCCUCUCUGCGAGUCCACUCGAUUCGACAGCGUCCUCGACCAAUUUGCCAUUUACCGAAAAGAACACUCGCUAGACAUCGCUUUCAUGGGGGCGAGCGAAACAUUCGCUAAAUAUGCGCGACAACGAAACUGGAACACAAUGCAAUUCGGGGUAGAGCGAGUCCUGAACCCUUGCACCAACGACGUACUCCUCGAGCGUAGCAGCAAGCGAGUCAUCGUCCAGAAUCGACAGCUCCUGAACCCAGAUAAAGGCGGCAUAACACUGGGCGUAUAUGUUCCCGCCUCCGGAGAAGAUGCAGCCUUCCAGUCCGAGCUGAUGUCCAUAUACGACUCAUGGCGCGAACAACGCAACCAAAGCAGCACGACAUCCCAAGCAUUCAUUACAGUUUACGAUCCCUUUGACUAUCCGAACCUCAUGACAUUCAUAUAUACUCGCGCUGCCGGCGGCACGGUGAACGGAUUCGCUGCACUACGACGCAUCGGCACACACAACGGCUACCACAUCGAUCCCUGCAUCGCAGCACCCGGCGCACCGAAGGGAAUGUCCGACCUACUCACCUACGCGGCGAUGGCACUGCUUCACCAUUCAAAUGUUUCCUAUCUAAGCCUGGGGUACGAGCCCCUUACCGAGCUAGGCGAGGUGACCGGCAUGUCACCGACCUUGGAGCGACUUACUCGGUCCUUAUAUCACCACACAUACCAGCGAUUGCCAAUUCACGGCAAGAAGGCAUACCAUGACAAGCUGCGGCCGGACCCAUGUCAGGAAUCGGGACUUUAUGUCAUCUUCCCGGCCGGGAUGCCGGGCGUGCGACAGAUGGUUGCCAUGGCGCACAUGGCCAAUAUAAGUAUCCGGAAGUUGGUUCGAACAAAGGUUGAAAACUCUCCUGGCUCUGGGAGACAGAAGGAAGCUAAGGAUGAAAAGUGA